CAAGAGAGGUCACCCCACUGCGGAUCACAGGAGACAGCGACACUUGUUUCUCUCUCACGCACUAGACGUGAUCUGUGCUUUUCAUGGAUUGCCCACCCCCUUUAUAAAUACCUCUCAGAUUCUUGGCCACCUUCUCAUCUUCUCAAGCUGUAAUUCUCCACUUCUCUCUAGAAGCUGCUGCUGCUGCAUCCCCCUUGCUUUCUCAAAGGUGUAGAAAUGUCGACUGUCAGCAUUCCGUCGCCAUGCUUGCUUAAAUCAGUGUCGUCCAUGAGAUCCGAUUCGUUAAGCAGGAAAUCCUACUCUAUAGGCUCUGUCAAGAGGGUUUCAAGAGCAUUUGGCUUGAAAACUGUCCCAUCCUUCAGAGCAUCCGCUAUGGCAGUGUACAAAGUGAAGCUGAUCAGUCCAGAAGGCGAGGAGCAGGAGAUAGAAGCCCCCGACAACGAGUACAUCCUCGAUGCAGCAGAAAAUGCAGGAAUGGAGCUGCCCUACUCGUGUCGGGCUGGCUCGUGCUCGACCUGUGCCGGCCAGUUGGUCUCGGGAUCAGUGGACCAGUCGGAGGGAUCAUUCCUCAGCGACGAACAAAUGGAGAAAGGGUACGUCCUGACCUGUGUUUCGUACCCCAAAUCGGAUUGCGUUAUUUAUACACACAAGGAAGAAGACCUCCAUUGAUAGGAUAAUAGUUUUGUGCAAUUUGAGAAGUCAUGUUUGUAUUUAGGUAUUGUUGUUGCAGUGUCAUAUUCUCUCUAGUGACUUCGACUCCGGUCAACACCACGACCUAAUGUAUGCUGUACGAGCAUUCUCAGCGUGUGCACGCGCGCGUGCGUGCCACGACUUAAUGCAUGCGCCAGGCCCAUAAGUCGCUUGUAUCAAUACAACUCUCGUAUCAACAGAAAGAAUCAAAUCUACAAUCA